AUGGUUCGCAUUUGCUAUGCCCUUAUUGUAGGCCUUGCAGGUCUUUUAAGCUUUGUUUCAGCUCAUCCCGGAGACACUGUGAAGACUGAGGCGGCUACGAGAGCUGCGUACCUUCGCAAUAUCCCUGUUCGGUUACGCAGCCUUACUCACUGCACAGAAGAAUUCAGAAAACGAGGCAUUGAUGAUACAAACUUUGCUCGUCGCGAAGCGGCUGUGCGUCAAUUGCGCAAGCAGAGAGGCCUAGACACUGGUGCCGGUUAUCUCAAGGCCCGUGACUUUAAUUCUGUCCUGGAGACAGACCAUCGCUCCAACCUGAAGAACGUUAAACCAUCGACUGACCCCCGCAUUUUGUUUUCAUCGGGUGGCACUUGUAUUGUGCAGCCGGAGGUUACACAGGGACCCUACUACAUUGCUGGCGAACUGAUACGCAGGAAUGUCGCCGAGGAUCAAGCCGGCGUGCCGCUAUUCUUAGAUAUUCAGCUCAUCGACACGAACACUUGCGAUCCACUUCCUGGUAUUUACACCGAUAUCUGGCAUUGUAACUCUACCGGUGUCUAUUCUGGCGUCGUUGCCAGCGGUAAUGGCAACGGCAAUGACACUGCCAAUCUGCAGACUACUUUUCUUCGUGGUGUCCAGCCUAGCGGUCACGAUGGUGUUGUUGGAUUUGAGACGAUAUUCCCUGGUCACUAUACUGGCAGGACUACUCAUAUCCAUGUCGUCACCCACCCAGCGAACGAGACCCAGAUUUUCCCCAACGGCACACUUUCUGGCAUGUAUGAUGGGAAAUCCUCUCAUGUUGGUCAGAUCUUCUUCGAUCAGGACCUCAUCACUGAAGUAGAGAAAUGUCAUCCAUACGCCGAUAACACACAGGAUUUGCUUAAGAACUCUGAGGACAGUAUACUCGAGGCUGAAGCGGGGAACACCGAUCCGGUCAUGGAAUAUGUUUAUCUUGGAAAAUAUGCCUCCGACGGCAUUUUUGCAUGGAUCUCUAUUGGCAUCAAUGCCAAAAGAGAUGACGAUCUCUCACCCGAGGGUUACUGGACUGAAGAUGGCGGUGAAGUGAACGAUAAUUUCAGCAUGGAUAUGGCUGGAUUGGGUAGCAUUGGCUCUAUGUCGGCCACUUCUAUUAUUGCAAGUGCCACUGACUCGUCGUAG